AUGAAUCACCAAAAAUUUAUUGUCAUAUUGUUUGUUAUUGGUAUUACAUUUGUAAAAUAUUGUAAAACUAAUAAUGUAUUUAAUGUUAGUGUUAAAGCUUUAUGGAAUUUAAAUAUGAUGGCAGAAUGUGAACUUGGUUAUAGUGCAUUCAUAUACAAUAAUUAUGGAUGUUGGUGUGGUGCUGGUGGAUCAGGAAAACCAAUAGAUGGAAUUGAUGAAUGCUGUAUGAUGCAUGAUAAAUGUUAUGAUGCUGCUAUAUAUGGAAAAGUUUGUUAUGAUGUUCCAUACGAAUAUCUUGAUGAUUAUAGUUGGAAUUGUAAUGAUCAUGUUGCCAAUUGUAAACCUGAUUUAACUGGAUGUGGUAAAGUAUUAUGUAAAUGUGAUAAAAUGGUUGUUGAGUGCUGGAAAAAAUAUGAAAAACCAAAUAAAAAACCUUCUUGCAAGAAAUCUUUAUAA